UAUUGAGAGCCUGCACAUCCAUCCCCAUUAAUCAAAACACAUUACUCAUUCCAUCACAUAUACUAUCUCCAAUGGCCCUCAACUUUCAUUUCAAAUUAGUUGUUCUUGCAGCCCUUUUCCUGUUGGGGUUGUCGGCUUUGGCGUCUCAGGCCACUGCCCGUACCCUCGAAGAAACUUCCUUACUCUUGCGUCAUGAGAGGUGGAUGGUUCGCCAUGGACGUUCAUAUAAAGAUGAUGCUGAGAAGGCAAAACGAUUCCAGAUCUUCAAAGAAAACCUUGAGUUUAUCGAGUCUUUCAACAAGGCUGGUAAAAGAUCUUACAAACUUGGCACCAACAAGUUUACGGAUUUAACUAAGGAGGAGUUCCGGGCCACCAUGCUUAAUGAGGAGAAGUCAUCCCCUCUCCCUAAGACUUCAAAGCCAGCAUCCUUUGUGAAUGAGAGUUUGGCUCAAGUGCCAGGCUCUUUGGACUGGAGAAAGCAGGGCGCUGUGACGGGUAUCAAAGACCAAGGAAACUGUGGUUGUUGCUGGGCGUUUUCUGCGGUGGCGGCGGUGGAAGGAAUAACCAAAAUAAAAACCGGCCAACUAAUUUCCUUAUCCGAACAGCAACUCCUCGACUGCGACCGCGUAUACGGCAACGGCUGCAACGGCGGAGUUCGAACCCAGGCCUUCCAAUUCAUAAAGGAAAACGGCGGCCUCGCCACGGAGUCCGAUUACCCCUACGAGGGCGCUCAGGAAAGCUGCAGCGCUCAAAACCUCGGCACCCCAGCAGCCACCAUUUCCGGCUACCAAGAGGUGGCCCCCACCGAGUCCGCUCUCCUCGCCGCCGUCGCGAACCAGCCCGUCUCCGUCGGAAUCACCAUCGGCGGGAGCGUGUUCCAGCACUACGGCAGCGGCGUUUUCACCGGCGACGGCGGCGACUGCGGGUCCGGGUACCACCACGCCGUGACGAUCAUUGGGUACGGGACGAGCGAUGGCGGAGAGGAUUAUUGGUUGGUAAAGAAUUCAUGGGGGACCAGUUGGGGUGAGAAUGGGUAUAUGAAGAUGGCCAGAGGGAUUAAUGGUGAUGGAGUUUGUGGGGUUAAUACCAGGGCUUCUUACCCCACUGCUUAAAUUUUACUCAGAAUUUAUAGUCAUAAAAUUAAAUGCCUUCCAAAUUUAUAUACAUGUGUUCAAUACUGUGAAAAACAUGUAAUGUAUCAUUAAAUUACAUUGUGAUUUUUAUCUUAUUAUUGAGAAAUGAAUUUCAUAUAUAUGCAUAAUGUAUUUUUAAUACAUAGAUUUCCAA